AUGUUGGUCAUACCUGCUAUGCAAUAUAAUCUUCGAGCACUGCGAAAUGUCCUUACCAGACAGGUCAACUUAUUUUAUACAUCACUGACUUCUACCUUGAGAGUGGGGAUGAACGGCAAAAGUAGCCAGCUCAAAAAUAUGAUUAAGAGCCAUUUGCUUAGCAAAAAAGGUAUUUUCGUGGAAAUACUUAAAAUCUCAGCUUUGUGUCCUCUUCAGCUGCGUUGGGCAAUAAACGAACCGAAGGGAGAACAGGCAUUUGUUAUUCAAGGCCGUAGAAUUAACUUAAAAAGUGGAAGUCCAAAAGUCCUCCUACACUUACAGUUGUUUUCCGACAAGGUUGACUCCUUUUUACUCCACAGUUUUUCAGUUUUUAUUAGUUUACUUUUGGGUGGCCAACCUUUUAUCAAGGUUAUGUGGUCAUUGUGGAUUCAAAAAAAAGAAACCUGUAUUCAUGUUGAGAUAACUGAAUCCCCUAAUAUGGGCAAUUUAAGUUAUAAAACAUCAAAUUUACCAUUUCUGGAGUUGAUGGCUCAUUUAUCUUAA